AUGAAAGCUCAUCCCGAGGAAGCAGCCCAUUACGAUAGCGAUGACUUUGAAACGGCCGACGAAUGGAGUGUCAGCUCGAACGAUGACGACCAAGACAAGCAACCUUCGAAUGGCGUGGUGGACAACGUGCCUGUGAUCAAUGCCUUGAAGGAAUGGCGCCAAUGCAAGAAACGGGGACCGCCUUCAUUCUCCAAUGCCAGUUUGCAAGCCUUCAAGACCUUCUUCAAGAGCAAGGAACACGAAGCAAAACAAACAGCUGAUGCUCUUUGGCGUCAUGAUUAUCAUCCAUCCAUGGGCGUAGUGGCGUUCCUGGCUAAAGCGAAUCCUUUCCAUCGAAUGGUAUUGCGUUGCUAUUUUGAAAAGUUUGAGUUUACUGAUCAACGACUGGAUACUGCUUUCAGGCAAAUGUGCAGCAAACUCCACCUCGUAGCCAGGCCCAGUGAAUUGGAUCGGAUCAUGUACGCAUUCAGUAAUCGAUAUUGGGCAUGUAACCUUCACGAAUUAUAUGGCAAUGCAGACAUUGUUUAUAUCGUUACAUGCUCCUUGGCGCAGCUCUCAAUACCAGACAUGGUAGCACCACUCAGCAGCUAUUGUCGAGAAACGAUGGCACAAGUGAAACCUAUGGAAUCAGGUGCUCAGAUAUCUAUUUUGGCUUGUGGCAGUAUUGAAUCUUGGCAUGCCCGUAUGAAGAGUCGACUCGAGGAACUAUACUUGUCGGUGAAACACAGCCCCAUUAUCUUUGCUGGUCCAGAUGACCCAAACGCUUUGGGCAAUACCAUAUCCGCCAGAAGAGGCAAGUGCAUGGAUGAAAAAAAUACAUUGGAGAUGCGUUCAUUAGGACCAUACGAUUUCAACAAGGGAUCUGGUUUACAAAAGAGAUUAUCAACGAGCUGGACCAGUAUACGAAGGAAGGAUAUGCACCGUGAGAAAAAUGGACCAACAAAACAAGGACCACUUGCAUGCAAGAAGAAUGACGAUGAUGAAGGGUGGAAACCUUGCUGGGUGAUACUCGACCGCGGGUCACUGGUCAUAUAUAUCCACUCUGUGCAUCCUCAACAAUCGAGGCGCGUGCUCAACAAUCACCAUCUUUCGGAAACUGGAGAUUAUCUUCACGAGAAAGGAAAUCUGUCAUCCAAUCCUUAUCUCCACAGUCGCUUUUACUUGGGCCAUGCACUAGCAUCGUUGGUUGAUGGACCGGUAUUCUCUCUCACGCUCGCCAAUCAGCAUCAUCCAUCCUAUCAUUUUGAUUGUGGGACUGAAGAAAAUGCUUUGGAUUGGAUUCAUCAUUGCAAUCACUGGGCUGCUCGUGAGAGUAAAAUACCUCCAAACUUGGAAAUCUCGUGUGAUUUACAUGUUGCCUUCAGCCCACCUCCACCACCAGCAGGCGCCAGUUUGUAUGAUACGCUUCAUCAGCAUGCGGCUAUAAAGGAUCAUCUUGUAUGGCUAUGUUCAGUAUACGAUCAACACCUCGAUAUCCAUUCAUCUCUACCUGAAGAUGAUCUCAUUCACAACAAUUGGCUCAUCAAGAAGGACUAUCUCGCUCAUGAAAUCAAAAAGUACACCGCCUACGAGCAUAGCUUGGAGAGCACAUCAAGCCAAUACAGCUUAUCGACCAACGGGAAAUGCGCAUCAACCACAUCAUCACAGACGACCAAUGAAAUCAUUCAACUGUCAAACGCUGGGAAACGAGAUCCACGGCUACGCACGUGA